AUGGGUCAGUUGAACCCGUUGAAUAUAUUUCUAAGACAAGAAAUUGACAGAAUGCAGAAAGUAAUUACGAUUGUAAGAUCUACAUUAAGAGAUCUACUAUUAGCCAUAGAAGGCACAAUUAUUAUGAGCGAGGCUCUUGGAGAUGCACUAGACAUGAUUUACGAUGCCAAAGUUCCUUCUAUUUGGCUAAGACCAUCGUGGAUAGCCAGUACCUUAGGUUUUUGGUUUACUGAACUAAUAGAACGAGAUAACCAAUUCAGGACAUGGUGCUUUACUGGCAGACCAGCAUGUUUUUGGAUGGCCGGCUUCUUUAAUCCUCAAGGAUUUCUAACCGCAAUGAAACAGGAAGUAGCAAGGGCUCAUAAAGGAUGGGCUUUAGACAAUGUUAAGUUAUUUAAUGAAGUUACCAAAUUAAAUCGAGAGGAAAUAUUACAAGGACCAGUGGAAGGUGUCUACGUGUAUGGACUAUUUUUAGACGGAGCUGGUUGGGAUAAAAAACAUUCUCGUCUAGCUGAAUCAAUAAAUAAAGUACUGUAUACACUCGUACCAGUUGUCCAUAUUUAUGCAUUAUACAAUGUUGAGAUUAAAACAACCACCCUUUAUGUAUGCCCAGUAUACAAGAAAGCAAGACGGACUGGUCUAAAUUACAUAACAAUUUUAUAUUUAAGCACCGCCAAACCACCAGAGCAUUGGUGUCUACGUGGUGUAGCUUUACUAUGCGAUGUCCAAUAG